AUGGAGCUGGGCUCCAGCGCGCUGGACUGGACUGACCAAAAGCCCAAGGAAGGAGUCAAGACUGAGAACGACGAUGGCAUGAACUUGAAGGUGGAGGUGGUGCCUUUAAGACAAGCUGAUGAGAGCAUCUGUGAAGGACAGGAUGUGUCGGUGAGGCAGAUCAGAUUCCCAUGUGAAGCGCAGCCAAUGAAUGAAACAGACACAGCUGCCCAGUUGGAAAUGAAGGAUGCAGAGACAAUUCUUGUGUUCCAGCAGCAGACAGGAGGUGUCUACUAAAAAGGGAACCGCUACUUCAGAACUCUGUUCUUACAAACCCAGAAUACAUUCUCAAUUAGAAAACUGCAAUUUGGUUCCACCACUUCCUAUUACAGUAUGGUUUUUCUCUCUUCUUUCAUUUUCCCCUUCCCAUUCCUUCAUUGUACAUAAAGUAACUGGUGUAUGUGCACAAGAAUAUCACAUUUUUAAAAAAAUGGCCAAUGAUAUGUUUUGAUUGACAUCAAAUGGAGAUGGGGUGCGGAAAAUACUGGUUCUGUGAAAAUAUCCCCUUUCUCCAUUAGUGGCAGGCUCAUUCAGUUCUUAUUUGUAUAUUCCAAUAAGUUAUUUUGCUCUUACUGUUUUCACACACACACACACACACACACACACACACACACACACAAAAUCAACAGCAAAACAAAAUAAAACAAAACAAAAAACCAAAAAACAAAACUUGAACAACAUAAAAAUCCUUGCAUACUUUGUUCAAUUGGAGAAUUUUAAAGUUUUUCAUUUAUCAUUGUAAGACAAAGGACAGUUUUAUAACUUUUUUGUACGUAGCUGUUACAUGUAGGGCAAUAUCUCUUUAAAUUACUUAAGAAAAAAAGAAAAAAAAAAGAUUCCGGGCUGGGAUUGUGACUCAGAGGUAGAGCGCUUGCCUAGCAUGCAUGAGGCACUGGGGGUUUGAUCCUCAUAAAAAAACAAAAUAAAGAUCUU